AUGAAUACUCUGUAUACCGUUCACCAGCUUAACCUUAGGGAAAUGAAACGGAUCUGGCCUACUUUGAUAAGGGCUGUGAGAUAUCUGCAAUCAAAGAAAGAAUAUGACAGAUACCUAGCAUCUAGCAAAACCAUGGCAGCAGCUUACCUUGAUCCAAACUUGAAUCAUACACCAAGUUCAAGUGCAAAGACGCACCUCAGUACUGGGAUGGAGCGUUCCCCAGGGGCCAUGGAACGAGUCUUAAAGGUUUUUCACUACUUUGAAAAUAGCAGUGAACCGACAACGUGGGCCAGCAUUAUCCGGCAUGGAGAUGCUACUGAUGUCCGAGGCAUAAUUCAGAAGAUUGUGGACUGUCACAAAGUGAAAAAUGUGGCCUGCUAUGGGUUACGGCUGAGUCAUCUGCAGUCUGAGGAGGUUCACUGGCUACACCUGGACAUGGGGGUGUCCAAUGUGAGAGAGAAAUUUGAACUAGCCCACCCUCCAGAAGAAUGGAAAUAUGAAUUGAGAAUUCGAUAUUUGCCAAAAGGAUUCCUAAACCAAUUCACUGAGGACAAACCAACCCUAAAUUUUUUCUAUCAGCAGGUGAAAAAUGACUAUAUGUUAGAAAUAGCAGAUCAAGUGGACCAGGAAAUUGCUUUGAAACUAGGUUGCCUUGAAAUCCGGAGAUCCUACGGAGAGAUGAGAGGCAAUGCAUUAGAAAAGAAGUCCAACUAUGAAGUGUUAGAGAAAGAUGUUGGUUUAAGACGUUUUUUUCCGAAGAGUUUACUAGAUUCAGUGAAGGCCAAAACACUACGAAAAUUGAUCCAACAAACUUUUCGACAAUUUGCCAACCUCAAUAGAGAAGAAAGUAUUUUGAAAUUCUUUGAGAUCCUCUCUCCAGUGUACAGAUUUGACAAGGAAUGCUUCAAGUGUGCUCUCGGUUCAAGCUGGAUUAUUUCAGUGGAACUGGCAAUUGGCCCGGAAGAAGGAAUCAGUUACCUUACAGACAAGGGUGCGAAUCCAACUCAUCUAGCAGACUUUAAUCAAGUGCAAACUAUUCAGUAUUCAAACAGUGAAGACAAGGACAGAAAAGGGAUGUUGCAACUCAAAAUAGCAGGUGCACCUGAGCCUCUGACAGUGACAGCACCAUCCUUAACCAUUGCAGAGAAUAUGGCUGACUUGAUAGAUGGAUAUUGCCGACUGGUGAAUGGAGCUACGCAAUCUUUUAUUAUCAGGCCACAGAAAG